AAUUAUUUCAUAUUUCAAGUUCUAGGGUAGGAUAAGAAUUUUCAAAUUUUCCGAUCUGAGGCAGUUCGUCUCAUUUCUGCUUCUUGUGAUCGAAAGUUCAAGCCCAAAAUUGGAUCGUGUAUGGCGUUAAUGUCCAUCUAGAAAUAUAAAAAGGCAACAGACUAGUAAUAAUUAAAAAUGACGGAUGAAGAGAUGGAGAUUCCGGAACAGUCGGGUGAUAAGGACGAAGACGCUGCUAUGGAAGCAGCUAACAGCGAGCACACUACUUCCGACGAAUCUGAUGGUGAGGGGGAAUCUGGUGACGAGCAGGAUUAUUCUGAUGAAGAAGGCAACGUCGAAGCCGGUGAAGAACAGGAGGAAGGCCCAGCUCGUGUAUAUCUGCCUGGUGAGGCUGAAGAUGCGGAGAAGAGCGGGGACCUGGUGUGCGAUAUGGCAGCGUACUCCAUGUACCACACUUGUGGAACGCUCCUUCCUUGCUUGAGUUUCGACGUUAUUCCGGAUAAUCUGGGAGAGAACAGAGCAACGUUCCCCGCGACCUGUUAUUGUGUAGCCGGCAGCCAAGCGGACCGUGCCAACAAAAAUUCCUUACUCGUCAUGAAAAUGACUAAUUUAACCGCAACAAAGCCGGAUAAAGGCUCUGAUGAGGAGAGCGAAGAGGAUGAAAGCGAUGACGAGGAUCUGCCCGAAUUGGAGUGUGCACAAAUUCGGCACAUUGGUUCUGUCAACAGGUUGAAAUUCUGCCGAGUGGGCGAAAUUCCUUUAGCUGCGACUUUCUCGGAAACAGCAGCAGUACAUCUGUGGAAUCUGUCCAGCGCACUGAACGCCGUGGAUGAUUCCCGUGUAAUGAGCACCUUCCAGCAGAACUCACCGAAAUAUGCGCCCGUGUACACAUUUUCCGGCCACAAAACCGAGGGUUAUGCGUUGGCCUGGUCACGCGCCGCAGCCGGUUGUCUGGCGAGCGGUGAUGCAGACGGUCGCAUUUUUGUCUGGAAGCCUUCCCAGGGAGGACAGUGGCAUAUUGAUGCACGGCCAUAUACUAGCCAUUCGUCCUCAGUUGAAGACAUUCAGUGGAGUCCCCACGAGCCGAACGUGUUUGCUUCCUGCUCUUCAGACAAAAGUAUUAAAAUAUGGGACGUUAGAGAGAAGCCUAGCGCUGCAUGCAAGCUCACAGCAACAGAAGCACACUCGCAGGAUGUUAACGUUAUCCAUUGGAAUCCUACUGAUCCAUUUCUCGUAUCGGGCAGUGACGCUGGGGAUAUUAAAAUAUGGGAUCUGCGCAGAUUUACCACAGAAAAUGCUGCUGUGGCUGUUUUCCGGCAUCAUCGCGGUCCCAUAUGCAGCGUUGAAUGGCACCCAACUGAUUCAACAGUUUUUGCCGCAGCCGGUGAAGAUAAUCAGUUAACGCAGUGGGACAUCGCUGUGGAGAAAGGAGAAGACGAACCAAAGGAACUCGAUGCUGUUCCGCCACAGCUUCUUUUCAUACAUCAAGGCCAGACUGAAAUCAAAGAGCUUCACUGGCAUCCACAAAUUCCUGGUGUUGUUCUUAGCAGUGCUCUUAACGGAAUAGAUGUUUUCAAAACGAUUAGCGUGUAAAUUCUGUUGACGUAGGCUAUCUGCGGAAUUGGUUCAAAAAUAAAAUAAAUGUUGGUCUUUAUUAAAAUGCAUCAGAUUUUUGUAUCACAUCGGUGUA